AUGACAAAGGUUGUCAAUGGUAUUGGUGUGCCACAAUUGACGAGAAAAACCAAUUAUGAUAAUUGGUGCCUACAAAUGAAGGCGUUAUUGAGAUCCCAAAACCUUUGGGAUAUGGUGGAAGAUAGGUACGUUGAACCUGAUGAGGAUGAACAUCAGACAGUGGCACAGAUGACAACGUUGAAGAAAACUUGUGCAAGAGAUGUGUCAACAUUGUAUUUUAUCUACAAUGCAGUAGAUGAGUCGGGAUUCAAAAAAAUAGUGAAUGCUAAAUCAAAAAAGGAAGCCUGUGAGAUAUUGGAGGUUGCAUAUAAAGGUGACAACCACGUUAGACAAGUCCGAAUACAGGCUUUUAGAGGAGAGUUUGAACAAUUGAAGAUGGAGCCCAAAGAGCAUAUAACCAAGUACAUAACUUGGGUGGAGAAGGUGGCCAACCAACUCGGCAGGAAUGGAGAACAAAUUCCAUCUAGCCGGGUUGUGGGAAAAAUUUUGAGAUCCCUUACAAAAGAUUUUGAAAGUAUCAUGUGCGCCAUCGAAGAAUCGAAGGACUUGUCAGUUCUCAGAGUGGAUGAACUUGCUGGAGCUGAGGUCCUGGCGGUAGAGGGCGAGGAGGCAGAGGAUGAGGUGGACGUGGCCAAUGUAAUUUUGAGAAUUAUAGUGAAGAGAAAACCGGCUGGCCAUAUUGCAAAGUAUUGCAAGACCGAGACAAAGGGGGAGACAAAUCUCCUUACUGAAGAUGCGGAAGAAGAAUGUGGGAUCCUAUUGUUGGCAAAGAGCUCGGAUGAAGUAGACAUGGAAAAUUCAAUCCCAACAAUGGAUGAAGAAAUCUCGGUAAAGGAUGCAACAAUUAUGGAGAAGGAAAACCUAGAGAAAGAAGUCAAACAAAAAUAUGAAGAGAUUUAG